AUGCAAAAGCUGCAAGAAAGUGUGUUUUCUAUUAUCAAAACUACAAAUCUAUCAUCUGCUGUAUUUAGUUUUCUGCAACCAACCGAAGAAUAUUCAGACAAAACACCUCUUGGCGGAAUUCUUCGGGAUACUAAAUAUGGAUGGCUCGCUCUUGGCCCUAAAUUUUGUGUUGUCGAUUUAAGGAGUGGAUUGAAAAUCGCUGCACGAACUUUUGGAAAUGGUGUGAGCAACAAGAUAACUGUUACCAGUGUUGUGGAAUUACCCACACCUCUCACUGAUAACUCACAACAGCUCGUUAUAAGCCUUGAGUGUGAUGAUGCUACUGGAUUGAUUUGCGUGUUCCACAUUAACGGAUCUCAGUUGCUCCGUUGCAUUCAAACGGAUGCUGUAAUAACCGAACUGACAGUUUGUGAUGCAAUACCAAAUGGACCACUUAUGUGCUUUGAUGGGGUCAUCAUGGCUGGCUCUCAUAGAGGAGAGAUAUUUGUAUUUGAUCUCAAUAAAGCCGCUUUGAUCCAGGCACUCAAAGAUUUAUCUCAAGGCUAUGAAGAGCAAGUGAGAGGUGAACAGAAUGUGGCAAAUUUGAUAUUUCUGCCUCUGAAAGCUGUACAUAAGAUUGAAAGCCAAAGAGAUUUGGCUGUUGAGAACGAUGAUCAUUUGGCUUUGUUACUGAAUGAGAAUUCAUUCUAUGAUAAUGAGUAUAUAUUUUGCAACCCAGAUGGCACUGUUAGAAUGAAAGCUAAACAAAGUCACAUAAGGACAACCGUUGUUCAAUACAUUCCGCAAUUAGGUAACUUAGCUGUCGGUUUUAAUUUUGGUGCAUUCCAAUUAUGGAAUGUUCUGAAUUUGGAAUUGGAAUUCACAUCUCAGGUCAAUGUUGAAUGUCUGCCAGUUACUCAUUUUGGUUUCCAGGAACCCUGUGAUGAUCCGAGGGCUUUUUGUUAUUUAUGGGUAGUCUUUUCAGUGAUAGAUAGAUUUGAAGAGGAAGAAUUUCCUUUGGCUGUGAUGUAUUCUUUAACUUAUCAGGGAAAGAGAAUGUUGGCUGAGAGCAAAUAUUUAUAUCAGGAAUUUUCCAUGGCAACAAUUCGUUUCCAAAUAGAAUUGGCGGCUAUUGAAGAUGUUUCAGUAUAUAUUGGUGGUAGAUGCAUCUCCUGUCACACUUAUUCGAUCAGUUCUAUAUUGGGAGAAGAAGGGGAGGACACAAUGCUCAACUUAUGCCAGCUAGUGUGGGAAUGUUGGGGUGAUAACAACACAGUGAGUCAACACUGUAUGUUGCUGUUUGAUCUUGAUCAGUGGUACAAAGACCAAAUGCCUGCCACAUAUCGUCUGGAAAACAAUGCGUUUAUGAGUACCGCGAGAUGUCCUGAGAUAAGCCGCGGGUCGUGUCUCACGUUAGACUUGAGAUUAGACUCAGAUUCAGUCACUCCAUACUCACACGCUACGAGACUUGAAGAACACUUCUUUCCUAAUUCCUUGCAAUACAACUGCGUGUGCCUCAGUCCGUGGUCGUCGGCGGUGGUCCAGACGGCGGGCGUGCAGCGUCAGUUGGUCCGCGGUAUGAGUGCCGCGGGCCCCGCCUGUGUGCUGGCGCCCGCCCGCCUGUACGCCGCGUGUCGAGACGCCGGACUCACACCUCUGUAUGCUCCUUCUGGAGACACACCGUCAUCCUAUGCAACUGUGGAGCAGCUUGUGGAUAUUAAACGAGAAUAUCUUGGCAGAAAGAUUACAUCGCCCCCGUUCUCAGCGGCUAAAAUUAAUACGAAGAGGGGUGGCUACCGAGACAGUGGUUCGAUUGGGUUGUCUUACUUGGACGAUAAUGUAAUAAAUUGUGAACAGUCUAGUAGUGGAAUAUUAUCGCCAACUAAUUACGACCCGAAUUACAGAGAUUUGAACUUGAAUAUAAAUAAUUUAGAGGGUAGUCAAACACAAACCCGACGCAAAAUCUUACGUUAUGCGCCCGGACGAUACGAUGUUAACGGAGACCGAAGUUUAAAACCGGUCGACGGGAAUGAGUCAUCCUCGAUAAACAAUGCGAGCGGUCAACAUCCGAAGAUAAUAGAAAAACAAACUUAUGCGUCACAGCUUAAGAGCGAUAAUACUAAUGAGGGUUGGACUGUGGAGGAUCAACGUCGAUUUCUUCUAUCCGUGGCGUUAGAAGCGAGGCUGUCAGCGUUUCUGAAACGAUGUGCUCACGACUGGGCUACAGGGACCCAUAGUGGGGUCGGAUGUACAUUGCCUUUUUUGGUGGAUUGGUCGUGGAGUAGAGCUAUUGAAUUGAAAGAAAACGCUAAGGAACUGACUGCGCCGCUGUUUACUUCCUCUAUGAUGCCUGAUAGGAAUGUUAUAAGAUGUCUGGAGCAUUGUGUGCAACAACUGAGUCAACUAACUGGUCUGUUAGACGCUAUCCUUACUAAAUGUUGUAAUUUGGUUGUGCCAGAUGCAUUAAGUGAAAUGGAAGAAAAAUAUAAAGGUAUAGGCACAGUGUCAUUAUACUUCCAAGUUGUACAAUGGUUUGUCAGGGUCGGCUUGUUGCCUGAGAAGAGUUCGGACAGACAUUCACACACACUACCCUACCCAGUGCAUCAGUUGUGUGAGAUAUAUAACAAGCGUCGCAUUAAGCUCAACCGUCUUCAAAACAAAUCGGACGACGAGUCGAGCAACGAGUCGUGUUCACUUCUGUACAUAGACCAACUCAUUGAACACGAAUUUGGUGGGGAUAGAGUGCAUCAACUAUGGAUGGUGUGUGGUUCCAGCGGGGGUCUCUACCCUCCUCCGUCUCUAUUCUCCCUCUUAAGACUCUACUUAUUACCGGAUGUUCCUGAAGAACACAAACACUCUCUCCUACUCUACUUACUCCUGGAUUAUUCUAUGAUCUAUGACGACAUGCGUCAUGAGUCUGUGAUACGUCGUUUGAUGCAGUUCCCGACUAUGUUCGGUCUCAGCAACACUGCUAUUAAAGCCACACAAGCCUUCUGGCAUCUCGACCACAGAGACUUUGAUUUCGCUCUCGACCAACUUCAAUGUCUAACUGGCAACACUCUCUCCGACUGGCAACACCACGUGGUUCUGUCAUCACUACUGGCGCAGAAGAAAACUCAAUCAGCAUUACAAUACUUACACGUUAGAAAACCGGCUCCGAUACAUGUUAAUGAUAACAACGAUUAUGAUAAACUAGACGACUGGCAAACAUCUUGCAACCUGUACUUGGCGCGGGGACUAGUGUUUGAAGCUUUGGAUGUUAUAAGGAUGUGCGUGGAAAAUGCCGGCUCUAUCGAAGAUAAGACGCAGUUAUUGAACUAUUUCUAUAAAGGCUGUAAGAACAGCGGCCAGCUGUGCAAGGUGCUGCAGGUAACGUUGCUGCCGUUCGAGGAGGAAGUGUUCAUCAGAUAUCUGAAGGACUGUAACGAGUCCCACACAUCAGACAUACUCGUUAUGUACUACUUGCAACAGGCGAGGUACCUCGAGGCGGAGCAAUAUAACAGUAAGCUGAAGACUCGUCCCGACCAGUCUGACCGCGGGUCGGCGCGGGACGCGCUGGUGGCGACUCUGUGUAGGGACCUGCCUGACGUCACGGGAGAUGUACUGAGAUGUGCCAUGAAUGAGGUGGAGCCGAGGAUUUUCAAACCGAAGCCUAUGUCAGUAUAUGUUCAAGCAAAUUCCCCGAAGAACACCUUCACAUACAAGUCAUCGUUUAUACAAGAUACAAUUGAAAACGCCAGUGAAACGUGGAUAAAUAAGCCCAAGACUAGGAAGGGCAUUAAACGAGCCCUCAACAUAGAAGAGACUCCGUUCAUUUGUACUCCUAAGGCGUAUAAAAGCAAGAGCGUUCUACAAGAGAAAAGUGAGAGUACACCGGCGAAGCGAGCUAAAUUGGAUCUUAAUAGCUCGGGAAGAACGCCCAAAAUGGCUCACAGGGCCAACGACAGUGUUAGCUGCCAAGUGGCGCGCCUGCUACAUAUGCCGGACUUGGAAAGCCCUCACAACUACCCCACUAGGACAGAUACACCACAAAGCAUACUCAAGUCCCGUCCGUCAUCUCGCCGUGGCACCACGCCUUAUGACCACGACCACAGCGACCACAGUGACCACGACGAUCACGACCACGAUGAACACAGGCAUUUAAGAUUCACAAUACCGACGUCGUCCGAGACAGGCUCUACGCCGUCACCUGUAGCAUUGCCCUUGUACGCAGAGAGUGAAGCAGAAAAUAACGCAACCCAUCCUCUCGAGUCUCCGCCUAAGAAAUUCGCGGCCGAAGAUAUAUCUCCCAGGAAGUCUUACAAGGAUAACGUUCGUGCGAGACGUUCCUUAUCUAUAUCAGCGAACAGCAGUCUAUCAGAAGAUCCGAACACUUCCAUAGAGAGUAUAGCGGAUAUACCGGUGACACUCAUCAACCCGAGAUAUACGGGAGAGAGAUACACUCGGGAUAGUGAGAGAGAUAGAGAUAUGAAGAGCGAGAGAGAUAGAGAUACGAAGAACGAGAGAGAUAGAGAUACAAAGAACAAGAUAGAAGAUCACACCGAGACGAGAGAUACGUCUUAUGUACCGAAUACACCUAAAGGAAGGCGAGCGAUCAGGAGUGAUACACCACUGAGCGGAAGUCGUUCAAAUACGCCGGAACGAUGUGACUCGCCCAUCAUCACGCCGAAGCGAGUUACCAGAAGUACUAGAAGCCGAUCUCGUACACCUGAAAUAAGUCCAAAAUCAUCUCUCACGCCCAUAGAGGAGCUGCCGAAACAGGAAACUUAUACCGCGGCCUAUAAAUCUAAAUAUAUACCCUCACCUAGAAGGUCCCGUACGCCCGAGAGGAUAGAAAAAGUAAUAGAGCCUCCGCGUCUUGAAGCAAUUAGUGAAUCACCCACCAAGUCAUCACAGCCGCCACAAUCACCCACCAGGCGAAGUCUCAGAAGCCGUUCCCGUACGCCGGAAGUGGAAAUUAUAGUUGACCCGCCUGUUACAACAAGUCCUCGUAGCUUAAGAAGCCGGUCGAAAACACCUGAAAAGUUGAUGUCACCGAAAAAAGAUCUCGGAACCAGGAAGAAAUCACUCUCAAGAAUAGUUCUAGAAGCUAACGCGUUCGCUAAAACUAAACAGAUAGAGAAAAUGGACGCCGAAGAAAAAUCUGAUACAACCGGCGCUAUAGAGUGUACUCCUAUGAAGACUUCCAAACACACCGACCCGCCACAGCCCUCUCUCAUGGACGUUGAAUUCUCACCAAUAGUCAACAAAUCAAUUCUACACAGUUCAACCGAGAGCUUCUCUAUCACAGAGAAAAUAUCGAAAUCGAGCGAAGAUCAGAUAGAAAUUAAUGAACUACCCGCCUUCACUAUCAACGAGAUAUACACAGAGAAGUCUGUCCUACACAGCUAUCAGAGCAGCAUUUGUGGUAGUGAAUCAAUACAUGACACGCGAGAGAGUAUUAAAGAAACGGUAGAAAACUCCAAACCUCUCCCAGCAUUUACGAGCAUUACUGAAGACUUCGGCAAAUCGGUACUACAUAGCUUCGAAAGUACUAUCGACUCUAGUAAUACGGAAAGAAAAGCUAAAACAAAUACAACAGACUACGGAGUUUUGAGUACUGAUAAUAGUGUUAGUGUGAGUAAACAAAACGAAAGUCUCAUGACUAGUGAUAGUGAAAUAGAUGACAGAGAGUGGAGUCGACUCGACAAUCAGAACGCGAGAGUUAUACAGAAGGAGAAGGAGAGAAUAGUUGAGAUAGAGAGAGAGAUAAAUGAGAUAGAAGAGAUGUCGGAUGAGUGUCGCGAGACUAGUGACAGUAGUGACUCUAAUGACACUGAGGACAGCGAAGACGACGAAGAGGCCUCCGAGUCAGAUAAUGACAAUGAAGUUAUUUCAAUCGAAGAUUCAGACGAAUCAUCAGAUACAUACAAGUUGGAAAUUGAAGAAGAUAUUGUUAUAGAACAAAACCAACAAGAACAGCUUGAACAGGCUGCUGUCCUGACAGCUAGAGAUGAGGUCACUGAACCACAAGCAUCCGUUUCUGGUGUCCAAGAAAAUAAAGAAACAGAUGCAGAAUUAUUCCAAGCAUCGCAAGAAAAAUCUACUGAAUUAUUCCAAGAAUCGCAGGAAAAAUCUGAUGUACUCAACCAAGCGCGUGAUAUAUCGAUUCUAACAGACGAUAACUCGGUCAUAGAAACAGAAGGAAAUGAUAAACUACACUACUCCGAUGAAAUCAAAAAUGAUGAUAGCGUUGCCAUGGAAACAGACCAGCCUGUGAUGACAACAGUAACUGUAGAACAAUUAACAACUAUUGAGCAGAAUAAAGAAAAAGAAAUUCAUUCCAAAGAAGUAGAUAUUAUAGAUUCUGGUCUGUCAACGAAUGAAGAUCACAAAGUAGAAGAAAUUGAAACUGUCAAAACAACUGAGACACAAAUGGAAAGUGAAGAAAAAGAUAUCCAAGAUAUAAAAGAUAAAGAUAUACCUGAAGAAAUAGAAAAUACUAUCGUGGCGCAAGAAGAAAUAGCUAAGGAUGAAAUAACAACACAAACAGAGGAUAUAAUGAAAACAGAAGAAACGAAGAAAGUUGCAAAAACAAGGAAACGCACGAAAUCUACAUCCUCGACCAAAUCUAAAGACGGUUCAGAAGUUAGUGAGAAGGUGGAACCGAAAACACCUCGCACACGACGACAAUCAGCGAACAAAACAGAAGUCGAAGGAACUCCCGAUAAUAAUGAACACACACCGAGAACACGAGCCAAAACACCCAGCACGGAAGUGAGGAAGAUAUUAACACGACGCGCGUCCAAGGAAUUGGAGAAAAUGGACGAAAAACACGAAGAACUCGAACUAACACCGAGAAGAUCGGCUCGGAAGAAAAAAGAAGACGAUAAUAUUAGUGUUACCUCAGAUUCCUCUGUCAAAUCUAGCAGAAGUAGGACUAGCGAAGACGGUAAACCGGCGAGGAAAGGAAGGAAAUCUGUGAUGAACAUUAAACCGGAUCUGACGGUGAUACCGGAAGUCGCUGCCGAGGAAUCAAAGCCUUCAGAUGAUAUUAUCAAGGAAUACUCGAGUGCUAGACGGUUGACACGUAAUCAGAAGGCUGUAUUGGACUCGUGGUUGGAGCCAGCUGUGCCUCGGAAAAAGAAUGACAACGAUUCAGACUCUAGCCUUACAAGGACUGACUACGACGGCUCUCCCGAACGAGAUCAAGACUCGGACUUAGAAACCGCCGUCAGACCACAGCGUCUCACAAGAGCUGCCUCUGAGACGAAAACUACGCCUAAGGCUGCUAGGAUCGGUAGAAGAGUUUCAGUUGAUAUCGGUGUAACUCCUGACGAGGGUUCUCCUGUUUCUGGUCUAUCGCGCGGCCGUCGCGCUUCGUUUACGCGCGCUUGUGAAGCACUUCACACACCCAGAAGGGGUUCAACUGAUGUUAAGGGUUCCCCUGUGUCAGAGGUUGAGGCGACUCCACGGAGAGGUCGACGACCUUCAGCUACAAGCGUCAAAGGAGAUGUUAACACGCCCAGGUCGAAAAAGGCUGCGGAAAAAAAUAAAGAAACAAACGAAUAA